UCACGAAUAAAGCAUGGACACGCUCCAUUGGAAAUUAUCGAACGCGUAGUAUACAUAGUUCCAUUAAUUUCAGCUAAAAAUGUUAAGAAUAUGCUCUUACAUUUGUUUACUAUUGUAUUUCAUGUGCAAAGACAUCGCUGACGCGGGAAUAUUUUAUUGUGCAGGUGACGAAGACAAUAAUCCUAGUGCUGUCGCGAGAAUUCGCCUACUGGCUUACAAGGGUAACAGUUCUCGUUUCACGUACAUCGAGAGCACACUGGCGAAUCCAGGAAGCAUCAGGGCGGCCGUCUUGCCCGACAGAAACACCAUCCUUUACAUACACGGGUUUAUGGAGAACACGGAAGCGGACAACGUGCAGAUAAUAAUUAGAGCCUAUCUGGACAAGGGGGACGUGAAUGUGAUCCUGGUCGAUUGGGGUGACGUAGCAAUUGACAUUAACUACUUUUACGUGGCCAGUCAAGUAGCUGCUGUAGGAAAGGCACUGGCUGAAUCCCUUGAGAAACUCGUCGAAGUGAUCAAUUUGAACACGCUGCACGUGAUCGGGCACUCUUUGGGCGCUCACGUGGCUGGCCAUAUCGGGAGAUACACGAAUGUCACUCUUAGCCGAAUAACGGGCUUAGAUCCAGCGCUUCCGCUGUUUUAUCCCUCUGCGUGUCACAUUAAAUCGAGCGACGCGGAGGCUGUCGUUAUCCUUCACACUGAUGGUGGAUUUUAUGGUACGCCUAUCGACACGGGGUCCGUUGAUUUUUACGCGAACAGAGGAAUCAGUCUACAACCAGGUUGUCCCAUAAUCAUCGGCGGAGAAUUGUGCAGCCAUCAGAGAUCCGUCAAGAUAUACGCGGAGUCUCUGAAGAAUCCUAAAGCGUUUCCUGCGCACAAGUGUUUCGAUAAAAUAAUGGAGAACGGGAAAGAUGACAGGGAAGUUUAUUUCGGUGAUUCCACUCCAAAGAACAUAUUUGGUCCAUAUUGUUUCAAUACCAAUGCCUAUUCUCCAUACGGUAAAGGCACUUGACAUGUGACAAUUUUUCAGCAAUCCAGAAUAUCAAAUAUCGAUAUAAGU